GCGGCAGGGGAGGAUGGCGAGGAGGGGGGCGGCGUGGUGAAGAAGAGGCUGGUCUCUCUGGAGGAAGUGGAGGACGGGGAGGCGGAGGAGGCUCUGCACAGCUGCGACGCCUGCCUGCAGGUGUUCGAGUCACUGAGCGAUCUCACCGAACACAAGAUUAAUCAAUGCCAGCUGACAGACGGAGCCGAUAUCGAGGAUGACCCUUCCUGCUCUUGGCCGGCCUCCUCGCCUUCCAGCAAAGACCAGACAUCGCCGGGCCACGGGGACGGGUACGAUUUCGGGGAGGACGAAGGGGGGCCGGGGCUGCCGUACCCCUGCCAGUUCUGCGACAAGUCCUUCAGCCGCCUGAGCUUCCUGAAGCACCACGAGCAGAGCCACGGCGACAAGCUGCCCUUCAAGUGCACCUUCUGCAGCCGCCUGUUCAAGCACAAGCGCAGUCGCGACCGCCACGUCAAGCUGCACACGGGCGACAAGAAGUACCACUGCGGCGAGUGCGACGCCUCCUUCUCGCGCAGCGACCACCUGAAGAUCCACCUGAAGACGCACACCUCCAACAAGCCCUACAAAUGCGCCGUGUGCCGCCGCGGCUUCCUGUCCUCCAGCUCCCUGCACGGGCACAUGCAGGUGCAUGAGCGCGGCGGGAAGGAGGGUGGGGGCGGCGGGGCGCUGUCCCGCGUGGAGGAGUGGAAGAUGAAGGAGACGAGGAAGUGCAGCCGCUGCGAGGAGGGCUUCGACGUGCCCGAGGAGCUGCAGAAGCAUAUCGCCGAGUGCCACCCGGAGUGCUCUCCUCCCCAGGAGAGGGGCGCCCUGCAGUGCGUCUACUGCCCCGAGCUGUUCUCCGACGAGGGCGCCCUCCUCGGGCACAUCGACCAGGCGCACAACCGGGACAAGAAGGGCCACGCCUGCCCCAUCUGCUCCGAGCACUUCCACGCCGUGGAGGACCUCUAUAGCCACAUGGACGUCCACCAGCAGCCAGAAUCCAGUAACCAUAGUAACAGCCCCUCGCUGGUGACAGUGGGCUACACCUCCGUCUCCAGCACCACCCCGGACUCCAACCUCUCCGUGGACAGCUCCAACAUGGCCGAUGUGGCCCCGCCCCUGCCGAAAACCCGCGGCAGGAAGCGGGCGGCCCAGCACGCGGCCGACAUGGCCGCCCUGUCCUCCAAGCAGGCCAAGAUCACCUACAGCUGCAUCUACUGCAACAAGCAGGUGUUCUCUAGCCUGGCGGUGCUGCAGAUCCACCUGAAGACUAUGCACCUGGACAAACCCGAGCAGGCACACACCUGCCAGUGCUGCUUCGAGGUGCUGCCCUCCCUCUAUAACCUGAACGAGCACCUCAAGCAGGUGCACGACGCCCGGGACCACAGCGCCUUGCUGGGCGGCCUGUCGGCAGCCAUGCUGCAGUGCAACUUCUGCCCCGAGGCGCUGGGCGACCUCAACGCCUUGCAGGAGCACAUCCGCUGCUCGCACGGCUUCCCCAGCCCCGUCGCCAAAGAGAGCAAUGCCUUCUUCUGCCCCCAGUGCUUCAUGGGAUUCCUCACCGAGGCCUCCCUGGAGGACCACGUCCGGCAGACGCACUGCGACGGCGGCAGCGCCCGCUUCGACUCCCCCCUGGCGGGGACGCCCAAAGACCCCAUCGUGGAGGUGUACUCCUGCUCCUACUGCACCAACUCGCCCAUCUUCAACAGCAUCCUGAAGCUCAACAAGCACAUCAAGGAGAACCACAAGAACAUCCCCCUGGCGCUCAACUACAUCAACAACGGGAAGAAGACGAGCCGAACGAUCAGCCCGUCCUCGCCGACAUCCCUGGAGCAGGCAACCAUGAAGCUCGGGCCCGGCGGCUCCUCGUCCCGCUCGGCCAGUGAGUUCAUCUGCAACCAGUGCGGUGCUAAGUAUUCCAGCCUGGACCUGUUUCAGACCCACCUGAAGACACACCUGGACAGCGUCCUGCCCAAGCUCACCUGCCCCCAGUGCAACAAGGAGUUCCCCAACCAGGAGUCCCUGCUGAAGCACGUGACCGUCCACUUCAUGAUCACCUCCACCUACUACAUCUGCGAGAGCUGCGACAAGCAGUUCACCUCAGUGGACGACCUGCAGAAGCACCUGCUGGACAUGCACACCUUCGUCUUCUUCCGCUGCACCCUCUGCCAGGAGGUCUUCGACUCCAAGGUGUCCAUCCAGCUGCACCUGGCGGUCAAGCACAGCAACGAGAAGAAGGUCUACCGCUGCACCUCCUGCAACUGGGACUUCCGGCACGAGACCGACCUGCAGCUGCACGUCAAACACAACCACCUGGAGAACCAGGGCAAGGUCCACAAGUGCAUCUUCUGCGGCGAGUCCUUCGGCACCGAGGUGGAGCUGCAGUGCCACAUCACCACCCACAGCAAGAAGUACAACUGCCGCUUCUGCAGCAAGGCCUUCCACGCCAUCGUGCUGCUGGAGAAGCACCUGCGGGAGAAGCACUGCGUCUUCGAGGCCAAGCCGCAGAACUGCGGCGCCAACGGCUCGGCCGCCAUGUCUGUCGCCGUCGGGGGCGGGGAGCCGGUCUCCAAGGACGACGUGGAGCUGCAGGGGCUGCUGGCCAACAGCCACGAGUCGCACAACAGCCACGACGGCAGCGAGGAGGACGUGGACACGUCCGAGCCCAUGUACGGCUGCGACAUCUGCGGCGCCGCCUACACCAUGGACUCCCUGCUGACCAACCACCAGCUCCGCGACCACAACAUCCGGCCCGGCGAGAGCGCCAUGGUGAAGAGGAAGGCCGACCUGAUCAAGGGCAACUACAAGUGCAACGUCUGCUCCCGGACGUUCUUCUCGGAGGCCGGCCUGAGGGAGCACAUGCAGACCCACCUGGGCCCCGUCAAGCAUUACAUGUGCCCCAUCUGCGGGGAGCGCUUCCCUUCCCUGCUCACCCUCACCGAGCACAAGGUCACCCACAGCAAGAGCCUGGACACGGGCAACUGCCGCAUCUGCAAGCUGCCGCUGCAGAGCGAGGAGGACUUCCUGGAGCACUGCCAGAUGCACCCGGACCUGCGCAACUCCCUGACCGGCUUCCGCUGCGUGGUCUGCAUGCAGACGGUCACGUCCACCCUGGAGCUGAAGAUCCACGGCACCUUCCACAUGCAGAAGACGGGCACGGCGCCCGGGGCCGGCCCCGCUGCCAGCCGCGCCCACCACCUGCAGAAGCUCUACAAGUGCGCCUCCUGCCUGAAGGAAUUCCGCUCCAGGCAGGACCUGGUCAAGCUCGACAUCAACGGCCUUCCCUACGGGCUGUGUGCCUUGUGUGUGGCCAACAGCAGCAAGAGCUCCAGCCCCACGGUAAACGGCGGCCGGCAGCAGGGGGGCGCCGUGGCGCUGACGGUGGGGCCCCAGGGAGAGGCGGGGAGCCCAGGGGAGGGGAAGGGCCCCAAGGCCUCCAAGACACGCUGCUCCAGCUGCAACGUCAAGUUCGAGUCGGAGACGGAGCUGCAGAACCACAUCCUGACCGUCCACAGGGAUCUGGUCGGGGACGGGAACGGCAGCCUGCUCAGGACCCCCCAGGCGUCCCCGGUCCCCAGAGUCAGCCCCUCGCAGGGAGAGGAGAAGAAGACAUACCAGUGCAUAAAGUGUCAGAUGGUCUUCUACAGCGAAUGGGACAUUCAGGUCCACGUGGCUAAUCACAUGCUUGAGGAAGGUCUGAAUCACGAAUGCAAGCUCUGCAGCCAGACGUUCGACUCCCCCGCCAAACUGCAGUGUCACCUCAUCGAGCACAGCUUCGAGGGCAUGGGUGGCACCUUCAAGUGCCCCGUCUGCUUCACAGUUUUCGUUCAGGCCAGCAAGCUGCAGCAACAUAUUUUCUCAUCUCACGGCCAGGAGGACAAGAUCUAUGACUGCUCCCAGUGCCCCCAGAAGUUCUUCUUCCAGACAGAGUUACAGAAUCACACCAUGAGUCAACACAGCAGCUAACCUGGAGGCAAUUUAUUUAGGAGGACUUUGCAGAAGAAAGAAAAAAAUAGAAAAGACGACUAUUAACAUGGUCCUCUUCCUUAUUCUUUGCACGGAACUUUCAUUGCAAUUGUACACGAUAACAGAAACCAUGUAUGGUAACAAAAAAAAAAUCUGUAUUAUCUUUAAAAGAAGGAAAAAUGGGGAGUUGGGGGGGAGGGUUGGAUUUUGGACAGUGCAUAUUUCGAAUUUUUAAAGCAUCAGGCUGACUUAAUGUAUAUAGAAGUACUUCAUGUGUUGUCGAACUCCAGCUACCAAGCAGUUUUACAAUGCCCAGAGUCGAGGAGGGGAGCCGUCCUCUCAAGAGCAGCCCUGCCAAUCAAAGCGAAGCGGGACCAGCAUA